AUGAAAAUAUUUACCCUUUUCACUCUUACUUUGUUGGUUACAUUAGGAUUCUCAUCGGAGAAAGAUGAGAUUAGUCAAAUGUUUAAAACAAAUUCGGUACUGGAGAAGUACCUCAGCCCUUUGGGUCCUACCCCGAGUGUUUAUUCCAAGGAUUUGGUAGACACUUUGUUCGGAGAAUAUAUGGAAGAAAGAGAGAAAAUUAUCUCCAAGGAUAAGUCACUUAGGUUUACAAAAGAUGUUCCCUCCCUCACUCCUGAUGAGGAGGUCAUCGAUGCUUACCUUAAAGUUCUUAGGGGAGAGAUGAUCCAUGAGGACGAUUCUCCUCUUCUGCUCGACUUUUAUGACGGGCAAGCGAUUAUUAAAGAUUCGGAGGCACACGACUUUUUCUUAGGAAUGCCAAAGGGAGGUCAUAUGCAUGUUCAUAUUGAGGCUUCGAUCGCCAUGAAGACUUUUAUAAGCUUCACCUACAAUGACUUCGUCUACUUCAAUAUAGAUACCCAGGAACUGAAGACUGCACCUAACGGGAUGGAUGAAGAAGGAUUUUUGAAAUGCAAUGAUCUUAGAAGAAACUGGAACUUAGAAGGAACAUUUGAUGAAUACCUGACCAACCUUCUCUUGUUACAGCCAGAAGACAUCAGUUCGAAGCAGAGUCAUGAGAUAUGGAAGGCUUUUCAACCAAAAUUCGCCCUGAACGAUGCUGUCAUUCACUACUACGAGUUCUACCGUCAAGGGCUGCUUGAUUACUACAGACAAGCUGUUGAUGAGGGGGUCUUUAUUGCUGAGCUAAGACAUGCCUCUGGUAUCAUAUUUGACGAAAAUCAUAACUUCCUAUCUCUUCAGGAAGAGUUUGAUCUUUAUAAAUCAGUUAUAGACGAGAUCAAGAAGGAAAAUCCAGAUUUUCAAAUGACAGUCAUUGUUGUUGCUUUCAAAGUUCUCGGAAAAGAACACGUAAUGGAGCAACUUGAAAGUUAUCUCUACGCCAUGGACCACGGCUAUGACUUCAUAACCGGAUUUGACCUGGUGAAUGAAGAAGAGUUUACGGAGCCUAUCUCCCAUUUUGCUGAGGAUAUGAUUAAGGCCAAAGUUGGAUAUCCGGACUUUAACUUUUAUUUCCACUCUGGAGAAUCUAGUGAUAGAAACAACGAGAACUUGUAUGACGCAAUCCUUCUAGGAACUAAGAGAAUUGGUCACGGAAUCAAUAUCGUCCUUCAUCCACACCUUGUGGAUCUUGUUGUGGAGAAAAAUAUUGGUUAUGAAAUAUGUCCUAUUAGUAACUUAAUAUUAGGAUAUACUCUUGAUAUGAGAUGGCAUCCAGCUAGAGAGCUCAUGGCUAGAGGAGUUCCUGUGACUAUAAGCUCCGAUGAUCCAACUUUCUGGAACUAUAGAGGUAUCUCCCUUGACUUCACCUAUGCCUUCUUGGCAUGGGACCUAGACUUGAAGGACAUAAAACAGUUAGCUAUUAACUCGAUUCAUCAGAGCUCAAUCAAGGACGAUAUCAAGCCAAAGAUGCUGGAAAAGUUUUAUAAUGAAUGGGAUGACUUCAUCUCAGAUUUUUCCAAGAAGGCUGAUGUACUAUCCAAAUUAGCUAAAUAAAGACUUGAAUCUUAUAUUAUUUUUGUGUGGUGAAAUCUUAUUAAAAAUUCUCAAUUUCC